AUGUCAACUGAUCAAUUAGCCGUUAACACCAUCAGAUUGCUUGCCGUCGACACGGUCUCCAAGGCCAACUCGGGUCAUCCCGGUGCCCCCUUAGGCUUGGCCCCCGCCGCUCAUGUCGUGUUUCAAAACAUGAAGUUCAACCCCAAGGACACCAAGUGGAUCAACAGAGACAGAUUCGUUUUGUCCAACGGUCACGCCUGUGCCUUGUUGUACACAAUGUUGUUUUUGUACGGAUAUGACUAUACCGUGGAAGACUUGAAGUCGUUCAGACAGUUGCACUCCAAAACUCCUGGACACCCUGAAAGUACAGACUGUCCAGGUGUGGAAGUUACCACCGGACCUUUGGGUCAAGGUAUUUGUAAUGCGGUGGGUUUGGCCCUCGCACAAAAACAAUUUGCUGCCACCUACAACAAACCCAACUAUACCCUUUCCGACAACUUCACCUAUUGUUUCUUGGGAGAUGGAUGUUUGAUGGAAGGUGUUUCAUCCGAAGCCUCGUCUCUUGCAGGACACUUGCAAUUGGGUAACUUGAUUGCUUUCUGGGAUGAUAACCAAAUCUCCAUCGACGGAUCCACCGAAGUGGCCUUCACCGAAGAUGUCAUUGCCAGAUACAAGGCUUAUGCCUGGCACAUCUUGGAGGUGGAAGACGGUAACAGUGACUUGGCUGGAAUCGCCAAAGCCAUUGAAGAGGCCAAGAAGGUCACCGACAAGCCCACCUUGAUCAGAAUCAAGACCACCAUCGGUUACGGUUCUUUGGCUCAAGGUACUCAUGGGGUUCAUGGAGCUCCAUUGAAGCCUGACGAUGUCAAGCAAUUGAAGCUGAAAUUUGGAUUCGACCCCGAAGAGUUUUUCGCAGUGCCAAAGGAAGUCACCGAAUCUUACCAAAAGCACGUUGAAUCCAACCUUAAGGUACAAAAGGAAUGGGAAGCCACCUUUGCUGCCUACAAGAAAGAGUACCCAGAAUUGGGAGCCGAAGUGCAAAGAAGAUUGGACGGAAAGUUGCCAGAAGGCUGGGAAAAGGCCUUACCUUCUUUCACUCCUGCUGACAAGUCUGUGGCUACCAGAAAGUUGUCUGAAGGGGUUAUCAAUGCUUUGUCUGACAUUCUCCCCGAAUUCAUUGGAGGUUCUGCCGAUUUGACCCCUUCCAACUUGACCAAGGCCACCGGCUCAGUUGACUUUCAACCACCUUCCACCGGUUUGGGUGACUACUCGGGUAAGUACAUCAGAUAUGGUGUUAGAGAACACGGUAUGGGUGCCAUUAUGAACGGUAUUGCUGCCUUUGGUGCCAACUACAAGAACUACGGAGGUACUUUCUUGAACUUUGUUUCCUACGCUGCCGGUGCCGUCAGAUUAUCUGCUCUUUCUGGACACCCAAUUACCUGGGUCGCUACCCAUGACUCGAUUGGUUUGGGAGAAGACGGUCCAACCCAUCAACCUAUUGAAACCUUGGCCCACUUCAGAGCCUUGCCAAACUGCUCUGUCUGGAGACCUGCUGAUGGUAAUGAAGUAUCUGCUGCUUACAAGUCUGCUGUUUCUUCCACCUCCACUCCUCACAUUUUGGCUUUGUCUAGACAAAACUUACCUCAAUUGGAAGGUUCUUCUAUCGAAAAGGCUUCCAAGGGUGGUUACGUGUUGAAGGAAGCUUCCAAGCCUGACGUGAUUUUGGUUGCCUCUGGAUCUGAAGUUGAAAUUGCCGUCAACGCUGCUAAGUUGUUGGAAGCUGAAGGUAAGAAGGUUAGUGUUGUAUCUAUUCCUGACUUCCUUACUUUUGACAAACAAUCUGAUGAAUACAGAUUGAGUGUUUUGCCCGACGGAGCUCCAGUUGUAUCGAUUGAAGUGAUGUCUCCAUUCGGAUGGUCCAAAUACUCUCACGAGCAAUUUGGAUUGUCCAGAUUUGGUGCUUCUGGUAAGGCUGAAGAUGUGUAUAAGUACUUGGAAUUCACUCCAGAAGGAGUUGCCGAAAGAGCUUCCAAAACUAUUACCUUCUACAAGGGUAAAGAAGUGUUGUCUCCAUUGACCAGAGCUUUUUAA